AUCGCUAUCUGGUACCCGACAUCAGGUAUACGAGCAGUUCCCAAAGGAAAUUGUCGAGAAACGUAGGCAGCUGGUGCCAAAAAUGAAGGCGGCGAGAAGGGACGGCAAACAAGCGUGGAUAGUGUAUGACAAACUGUUUAUUGACGGAAAGCAAGUUGAGGACUAGGAUUACGCAGGGGACAAUAUCUCGACUGCACAAGUUUACUCAGAUUUUGCGACGAGGGUGACAGAAAUUGACGACUACAGAAGCACUUCCGGUGCUCUGGGCGAGCUUUUUGCACGGGGUGUGACUGAAUGCGCAAGGGAGUGCAGACAGAUUGCUGAAUGCAUUUCUUUCUUCUACAACAAACAAACAAGACUGUGUCAACUUCAUGAUAUUGUGUUUGUAGACCACGGACCAAGUCUAACAUAUGUCUAUAAGACGCACCAUUACAAAAUGAAUAGAGUGGUGCCAAAUUUCACAUGUCCAUUAGCCCCGCCAGAUGCUGGUUAUAACACAGCAGUGUUGUCAGAUAACUCCGUCUUUACAUACAGAAUAGUAUGGACUCUUGCGGAUAAGGUCACAGCGGAGACGGCCUGUGUGACUGACGGUGCUGGACUGGUUAAAGUCCUGUCAUUGACAAAAAUGCAAACACUAGUUAAUCUGUUUACUACAUGUCCAGGUUACGUGUAUGCAGGCGACUAUUGGAUAGACGGAAGCAACAUAAAUGCGGCUGACUUCUUCGACAUCGCUGAGUGGUCGACAUCUGACAGUGAACCUUUACCGACAACUGAUCAGUUCUGGGCUCCGGAACGUCCGUUGGAUCCAGAUAUACACCACUGUGUUGCCCUUUGGGCGGCUGACGACUACCAAUGGGCUAACCUUCCUUGUACAUACACUAAUUACUAUAUUUGCGAAAAAUGAAAAAAAAAGACUGUCAGAGAUAUAUAUUCCAGACCAAGAAAAAAUGUUUCACAGACGUUUUCAUCAGUAUAACAUCCAUAACAUCCGUCAAACAUAAAGUGUGUCACUUUGUAUAACGGUGUUGUUGGGAGAGCGAAAGAACUUUAUCUUCUUCUUUAUUCAUACUCAAUUAGACCUCUAUCACUCUCAUCCCUGGAUAUAUUCAAAUGUAAACGUUCCAUCAUCCAAAGCAGCAAUCAUUGAUACAAUGAUUAUAGUUAAACAAGGAGUACGGAUCGUGUUAUUGUAACGGUUUUCAAAGACAUUCCUUCUUCUUUAUCUGUUGUGUGCUUUGCACACAAUAGAUGAAUUAUUUUAGUAUCCAGAGGUCUGUUUCAUAAAAGUUAUAGGUUUCAUUCCAAGGUAAGUUCUCUCCAAAGUACAGCUUUUUGCAAAACAUGUUAUAAAAUGAAUUGACUUAAAAGAUUUUCAUAAAACGUCUUUUACCUACAGUCGAAUCAUGACCUGAGUAGCCGCAUGAAACAGGCUUCUAGAGUCUAAUCUACCGUACCCCACCAACUCAUACUUCUAUAACUAUUUUUUCUACAUGGAAUUUGUUAAAUAUAAAUAACUGUUCACAUAGUUUGAUCAUAUCAUCAUUGUUACGAUAUUUACGAUAAAAAUAACUGGUGGCAUUUGUCUUUAGUGCCAUUAUUUCCAAAGCUCAUGAACACAAAACAGUGUUGCAAUCUGAAAUGUAAACUGUGAUGCUAGGUAUCGCAAAACAUUACAGACCGGUAAUUCCAGCGUUCUUAAAAUCGGGUCUGAUAUUGUAUGUUUUGCAUUGUGCUUAUUUGUAUAAAUCUGUAAGUUACAUUUUUGUAAAACAAAAAUACUUCCUACAUGCUAACACGUUUUUCUAUUCAAAAUAGUUAUUAACAUAAAAUGUAUAUAAAACAUGUUAAAAUGAUAAAGUUCUAAAGAAAAAUGUCAUUGAAUCCGUCAUCAGGUAUGCAGGAGAGGUCACCAAUGACCAUUGUUGUCCGAGUUUUAAUUGGGUUGUCUCCCUUAGAAUGAUUAUAUUAACCUUUUGCCUGCUGGCGGCAAAUAUUUCUGCCUUUGCGACCAGUGCAGACCAAGAUCAGCCUGCACAUCCGUGCAGGCUGAUCAUGGUCUGCACUGUUCGCUAUUCAGUACCUAAUUUUUCAGCAAACACCCCUUCAAUAAAUAAAUGGUAUUGCCCAUAUUGAACGAUGGACCAGUCCAUUUUAGAAAUUCAGCAGGGUAAGGGUUAAAUUCUGAUUUUUUUCUGAAAUGUAUACUUUAUCAGCUGCAGCGAACUUAAGUCAGGCACACGAACCAUCCUACCCCUGUCAACUAUCAGUCAAAGACUUUUAACAUGAGCACAGGUUUUAUCAUGUUUUAUAAGUACCAAGUGUUGCCGUGGAAAAAAGGGGUGUCCUCAACCAAAGUUUGUGUGGGUUUUCUGCACACAUUUACAAAUAUAUUUAUUUUUUACAAACAAAAGAUUGCAAAAAUGUUUAUUAAAACUUACAAUGGUCUAUUCUAAAUAUGGUUGUUUGAAAAUCUACUAUGUAAACUUGUAUGAUUUUGUUACCUGUGUAGGUUUGUAACCUGUGUUGAUUUGUUACCUGUGUGGAUUUGUUACCUGUGUGGUUUUGUUAUCUGUAUCAAUUUGAUGUCUGUAUCAUUUUGUUGCCUGAAUGAUUGUGUUCUUUGUAUGAUCUUUUUGCCUGUAUGGUUUUGUUGCAUGUGCCAUUUUGUUACAUUUGUGAUUGUGUUGCCUGUAUGAUUUUGUUGCCUGUGUAUGAUUCUGUUACCUGUAUGAUCUUGUUGCCUGUAUGAUGUUUUCGUCUGUAUGGUUUUCUUGCAUGUAUGAUUUUGUUGAAAUUUUGUUGCGUAGGUGAUUUUGAUACCUCUAUGAUUUUGUUGCCUGUACGCUUUGUUGCAUGUAUGGUUUUGUUACUUGUAUGAAGUUGUUGCCUCUAUGAGUUUGUUAUCUGUAUGGUUUUGUUGCCUGUAUGGUUUUCUUACAUGUAUGACUUUGUUGCCUGUAUAAUUUUGUUGCCUGUGUAUGAUUCUGUUACCUGUAUGAUCUUGUUGCCUGUAUGACGUUUUCGUCUGUAUGAUUUUCUUGCAUGUAUGAUUUUGUUGAAAUUUUAUUGCGUAGGUGAUUUUGAUACCUCUAUGAUUUUGUUGCCUGUACGCUUUGUUGCAUGUAUGGUUUUGUUAAUUGUAUGAACUUGUUGCCUCUAUGAGUUUGUAAUCUGUAUGGUUUUGUUGCAUGUAUGGUUUUGUUACAUGUGCGAUUUUGAUACGUGAGUAAUUUUGUUACUUGUAUGACUUUGCUGCCUGUAUGAUUUUGUUGCCUGUACGCUUUGUUGCAUGCGUGAUUUGUUACCUGUAUGAUCUUGAUUUUUGCCUGUAUGAUUUUGUUGCCUGUAUGAGUUUUUUGCAUGUGUGAUUCUGUUACCUGUAUGAUCUCGUCACCUCUAUGAUUUUGUUACCUGUAUGGCAGUUUGCCUGUAUGACUUUGUUACAUGUGUGAUUUUGUUGAGAUAUUGUUUAUAAUAUUAUGGAGAUGAAAUUCACCAGAGCACUCGAAUUGAUGCCCAGUUUGUAAAAUUUCAUCCUCCUUUAAUGCUGUACCAUAAUAUACUCUCUUUUUCGGAUAAACACUAUUUGUAAUCCCGUAUGCAAUUAGUAGACUUUAAUUUCCAUAUACUAGAAUUUGUGGAUUUUUAAGAUUCUGUUUUUCAGUUUUGCCGCAUUUGUUCUCCUACCACCGGAAUGCACCUGCCAUUGCACAUGACUUUCGUUUUGAUAACUGUUAUCUUGGGCUGGACAAUAAUUCGACACAUUGUUUUAUUCGGGACAUUUAUGUGUGAGUGAUAACAUUCUGAUUAUGGGUAGAUAUGCUAGGGUCAUCGGGACAGACUGGACAUUUAUGGUGUACCAAACGGCACAAUAUUAAUAUUUUGUUCAUAUACAGCGAAGUUGUCUAGCUAAUUGUAAAACUGACUGAAACGAAGUCUUUAUUCACCAUGUAUGCUAUCAUAUUGGGCUUACAGAAAAAAUAAAGCUAUUUUCAUGUAAAGUUUCAAACUUUUAUUUAUUAGAAUGACUACAUUUGCAUAUAUGUACAAUUAAAUCAAAUGCUUAUUUAUCUGAACUGAUAAGGCCCAGGAAAACAGGAAAAUAAUGCAUACCGCUUAGACUGUUCUUAAAAUUAAAUUUUAACACUUCUAAGAUUUUCUUUUUAUGUAAACAAAGAAGGCUUUUACCCUGUAUUGUCUUGUCGAUUAAAACACGUUUCGCAAAAUGACCUAAUUUUGGCUAUUCCAGUUUACUUUCACAAUUCACGCCUAAAAAGGAUUCCAGAUUAGUAUCCCCUCCUGGUGUUAUUCGAACAUGUUAGAAUAUAAAAAGAAUUUAGUUUUGCGUGCUUUGUUGGCAAAUAUAAAACAUAUUUUUUUUCGUUCAGUUGCGUCGUAAUUAAUCACUCAGACCUUCGUGAUUAGAUUGCUACGCAUCUGAACUCAAAACCGUGCUUUAUUUGCCAACAAAGCACGGAAAACUUAAACCUAUUUCCCAAAUAAAUCACGAAUGUCAGCCUUUGGUACAUGUAUAAUCUUUACUGUUAUACUCUCAAUGUCUCAGCGAUUUUCAGCCUGAAAUAAACUAAUAUAAAAUUAUGGCAA